AUGUCCAAAGCCGUGGUUAAGACGACCUUCGAGGCGUCUCGAACUCUUCGUCCCAUCUACACCGGAGGAAGCACUGCGCUGGAUGCUAGUGGUCGUCUAUUGGCGACUUGCAUUGGCGAGGAUGCUCUCGUGGUCGACCUUGAGACCGGUGACCAAGUUGCCAGCCUUGAAGGCGACGGCGAGAUAAUCACUAGCUUGGCCAUUUCUCCAUCGGCUUCGCAUGUCAUUCUCUGUUCGCGCUCGAUGUCCAUGCGCAUCUACUCUCUGACGCCUUUCGAUGAGAACACACGAACCGUCGAGGCCAAACUAGCUAGAAGCUUGAAACCUCACACAGCCCCUGUUGUCACCACUGCGAUCGAUCCCACGGGUACUCUCCUAGCAACUGGCGCUGCAGAUGGUUCUAUUAAGGUUUGGGAUAUUAGGGGUGGAUAUAUCACACAUACUUUCCAUGGUCAUGGUGGUGUUAUUUCGGCGCUGUGUUUCUUCCAGGACAUGGAUGAAGUAGCCGAUUCGAUUGGCGCUUUUCGACUCGCUUCGGGUGAUGAGGAGGGUAUGGUCCGCGUCUGGGAUUUGAACAAGAGAAAGCCUAUCGCAUCACUGGAAUCGCACGUCUCCGUUGUACGGAGUCUUUCGUACUCGCCCGCAGAGAAUGCGCUGCUCUCUGCAGGUCGCGAUAAGACUGUCAUUGUGUGGGAUGUGCGGACUUUCAAGACGCGCCGUGUCAUCCCUGUCCUCGAGAGCGUGGAAGCAGCUUGCUUUGUUGCUGACAGCGAAUUGUGCUUGGUGGGAGGAGAGAACGGCCGUUUGCGUGUGUGGGACUGCAACCGCGGAGGAGAGGUUACUCACGAGCAAGAAGCUGCGGCCGAGUUCGAGGCCGUGGUGGCGAUCCAGUAUUCCGCAGGCAUGUCAUUUGCAAUGACCGUGCAUGCUGACCAGACCAUCCGACUGCACUCACUUCAGCCACUCGCCGACUAUAAAGCUGGGUCUACUCUUGAGCCAUUGCCAGUGAUCAGACGUAUCUCCGGCAACGAUGAUGAUAUCAUCGAUCUCGCAUAUGUCGGUCCCGAUCGGUCGAUGCUUGCGUUGGCUACCAACACCGAAAGCAUAAGGGUGGUUUCAGUUGGGCCUUCCGAGGAUAGGCCCGCUACCGGAGAGGGUGACUACUUUGGUGCCGAUGUCACGCACUUAGAAGGCCACGACGACAUCAUCAUUUGUAUCGACGUUGACUGGUCAGGCCACUGGCUUGUUACCGGUGCAAAGGAUAAUACUGCACGUCUUUGGCGGCUUGAUCCGAAGAACUCCUCUUACACAUGCUUUGCUGUCCUCACUGGACAUGCCGAGUCGCUCGGUGCCAUCAGUUUCCCCCGAGCUCCUCCGCCAGCCAACACCCCUGCUCACAACGACCCUUUGAACCAUCCUCCUGCUUUCCUGCUCACAGGAUCUCAGGAUCGUACUAUCAAACGAUGGGACACGGGUAAACUGGCUCCCCUCAAGUCAUCCAAGCCUCACAAUCCCAAGGCAGUAUACACACGGAAAGCCCAUGAAAAAGAUAUUAAUGCUUUGGAUAUUAAUCCGACAUCAACGUUGUUCGCGUCCGCAUCUCAGGAUCGUACUGUGAAGAUCUGGUCCAUAGAGGAUGGCUCCGUUGUGGGUGUCCUGCGUGGACAUAAGAGGGGAGUCUGGUCAGCACGAUUCGCACCUCGUGGCAUGAUUGCUACAGGAUCGGGAGACAAGACUAUCAAGAUCUGGAGCCUGUCGGACUACAGCUGUCUUCUCACCUUCGAAGGCCACACAAAUAGUGUGCUCAAGGUGAUCUGGCUGCCACCUUCGGACUUGUCCAACAAGGAUGAGGAUGAAGACGAAGCAAUGACACAUAAUGCAGUUGCGCAGGUGCGACCUCUAGUUGCGUCUGCGGCCGCAGAUGGCUUGGUGAAGAUUUGGUCACCUUACAGCGGCGAGGUCGAGACGACUCUCGACAACCAUGAAGACCGUGUCUGGGCUCUAGCCAGCCCUACGCCAUCUGGCUGCCGUGAUGACGUUCUGUCUUCAUCUACCCUCUCACAAACUUCUCCUUACGGCCUUGCCUCUGGUUCUGCCGACUCAACUGUUACCUUCUGGACAGACACGACUUCUGCUACAUACACCGCUACUGUAAACGCCAACUCGGCUCGUAUUGAGCAAGAUCAACAGCUCCAGAACUACAUUCGUGCCGGAGCAUAUCGCGAAGCCAUCACACUCGCGCUUCAACUCAACCACCCAGCCCGGCUACUGUCCUUGUUUACUUCUGCCAUCGAUGCCGCAGAUGACCCAACAGCGACCGACUCCGAAGCCAGCGAGCGUGCCAACAGCCUAACUGGCAACCCCUCGAUUGACGAGGUUCUUCAGACCCUUGACCCCGAAAAUCUAUGUACCCUCCUCCUUAGACUUCGUGACUGGAACACGAACGCCCGAACAUCCAGGGUCGCACAGCGAAUCUUGUUCGCUUUGUUCCGCUCCUACCCGGCUUCAACGUUUGUCGAGCUUGCCACCUCAAGUAUGGCGAAGCGUCGCCGCGAGGGUCGCACUUCAGCAGGCAUGAAGGAUAUCCUGCAAGCUCUGGCCUCGUAUACCGACCGGCAUUAUCGUCGUGUCGAAGAACUUUCCGACGAAAGCUACCUCGUGGAAUGGGUUCUGGCAGAGAUGGACGGUGGUGUGGGACUUGGAGGAUUGGGCGUUUCUACCCCGUAUGACCCUUACAGCAGUCUCCCUGAAGACAGUGUCCCGGAGCAUGAGAAAGAUGUGGUCAUGCUGGGGGUAUAG